CUCUCUCUGAAUGCCUUGAUCAACCACCCAAACAAACACCGACUCGUUGUUGCUAUUUCCGCUUGCGCCUCUCCGCAGACCUCCUUUCGGCAGACAGAAUGGCUACGAGCAUGCGAACGAAAAGAGUGGCCAAGGAGCGUCAGAAGAUUGAUAAGUACGGCCUGCCUCCUGGCAUCGAGCUUGUGGACGGCAACGACUUGAAAGAAUGGCUCUUUGAUAUUCGCGUCCUGGACAACAACCCUCUAUACAACGACAAGGUCUACCAGCUGAAAUUCGUCUUCUCCGAGUCAUAUCCUAUAGAACCCCCCGAGGUUACCUUUGUAGACAGACCAGCCCGCCCAGUUCCCAUGCACCCACACAUCUAUUCGAACGGAAUCAUAUGUCUCGAUCUCCUGGGAAACCAAGGAUGGAGCCCAGUCCAAAGCGCCGAGAGCGUCUGCAUGAGCAUACAAAGCAUGCUGACGAGCAACAACAAGAACGAGCGACCACCUGGCGACGAAGAGUUUGUACGCGGGAACAAGCAGCGACCCCGGGAUAUAGAAUUCCUAUAUCACGAUAAUACCGUGUAACGACCUCGGUUUUAUUGAUAGCAGGGAUUUUUGCUUUUUUUAUUUUCCUUUGGUGGAAUCUUGCAUUGUUUCAGCAGCCGCGAUGGCUCAUCGGCGUUUUACAAUCACUAUAUUGUGGCACGGAACCAGGCAUUUGUUAUGGCAAUCUGAGGCUUUCUUCUGCUGAUUCUCGACGCUAAGCGAUCUUUUCCUUUCCUUUUUCUUUUUCUUUUUUCUUUGUCUCCUCUUCGGCAGUUAUCACGGAGCGGUGUGGUUUUUGUUCUCACAUCGCUGCCUCGCGCAAAAUCGACGGCAAAGGCAUCGGGCGCAUGCACGGCGCAACUGGGGCAAUGGCUGGCGAGGAAAGCUCAUGUAAACCUUGUUUUCCCAACCUAGAAGAUGCAUUUUCGCAUAAUCAGAGUUCAUAGAAUUGAUUACUCUUUUUCGAGAU